AAAUGUCAUUAAUUGUCAAAAUACCUACCUUCAAUGAUGGUCGCUGUAAACUUGUAAACAAUAAAAUAUUCCAACAUAAUUUUCUCUAAUCUCUUUUGUGAUAUAAAUGUUUGUUAUAUCCUUCAAUUUUCAAAAUGAAUGCAAAAAUAUGCCGAAUAUGCCUCAAUAACGCCGGUACAAUACUAUUAUCUGAUAAACAAAACAAUGUACAAAACUCUGAUAAAAUAUUUAAAUGUACGAAUAUACUGAUUUGCGAAGGUGAUGGUUUGCCGGACACUAUGUGCGAGGGCUGUGCCCAGGAGCUCGCAAUAUCAUAUAACUUCGUCAUCAAAUGUGAAUCAUCAGAUAAGGUGCUAAAGUCUCUAAUCAGUGCGCAAUCAAAAUCUGACCUCGCGAUCAAGAAUGAAGAUGUGAAGUUAGAAGGAGAUAAUAGUUUAGAUGAGCCUUUUGACUGGAAUACCGAAUAUCCCGAAGAGAAAGGGGAAAGCAAGUUAGAAUUAUCUACUGACUUAAUAGCUGAAUUUGAAGAACAUAAUUUAGAGAUCGAAGAGAAGCAACAAACAAAAUACACUUGUAAUAUUUGUGGUUCCAUGUUUGCCCUUAAAGAGGUUUUGAAAAGACAUCAAGAAACUCAUCAUGAGCGCAGCAGGAAAAUCAAAGUUAAAAACAAAAAGCAUAGAGUUCGAUCAGGGCCUAUACAAUGUGUGGUCUGUGGCCUCAUGGUCCAGAGUAGAUCAGCCAUGGAAGCCCAUAUAAGGACUCACACUGGAGAGAAACCAUUUGCCUGUGACAUAUGUAAUAUGAAGUUUAAUGUUAAAGGAUCACUCAAAAAGCACAUAGAAACGCAUCACACCAACAGAGAGAGGAAGUUUAUUUGUGAGACAUGUGGGAGCCGGUUCUUCCGCAAAUGUGAAAUAAUAGCUCAUGUGCGGAGACACACUGAUGAGAGACCGUACGCCUGCAAGUUGUGUCCAAAGAGAUUCCGUCAAAUAUCAUCAUUAAUACGACACAAGUAUUCACACACUGGGGAGCGACGCCAUUCUUGUCCAAUAUGCCAAAAGUCGUUCUAUGAUAAAUCAGCCAUUCAGAAACACAUGUCUGUACACAGUAAUGAGAAAAAAUACACUUGCCAUCUCUGUAACAAGUCCGUCAAAAGUAAAAGCUCCCUCUACACACAUUUGAAGAUACAUUCCAAUGAAAAGCAAGUGAUUUGCAACAUUUGUGGCAUGACAUUCUCCUUAAAAGGCAACUUACAGACACAUAUGAGAAGGAAGCACUCUGAGAAGUCCGGACAGUGCAGUGUUUGUAUGAAAACUUACCCAGAUUUGGAGGAGCAUAUGCGUAAACAUACAGGAGAAAGGCCAUAUGCAUGCAAGAAUUGUGACCAAGCAUAUGCAACUAAACGCAGUCUCUCAUACCACAUAAUGUUUAAGCAUGAAAAUGCAGAUAAGUAUAAAUGUUCAAUAGGGGAGUGUACAAAGACAUUUCCAACUGGCAAGUUGUUAGAGAUGCAUCUGUUGAAGCACCACACUAACCACACUCCAUAUGUCUGUCCUCAUUGCUCCAGGGGCUUCUUCCGUACCAGUGACCUCACCAGACACUUGAAGGGCAGUCACAUGGAUCCAACCAAAAUUAGGUUCAAAACACAAGACCAAGUGAUAAUAGAAGGAAUUAAAUAAUACUUUCAAUAGAACUUGCUGACUGUAAAUAAAUUGAUCUGUUAUUAUAAUGAAGUUGGUAUUUUUAUAUGUACAUAAAUUAAGAGUCUCUUCUAGGAUUAUACAAUCUUUAUGUCUUGUUCAUACUUCAUGUUUUGGAGAUAAAUAUUUUUAAUUUUGCUUUUGGAAAAUUUACAUGACACUUCCAAAUAGGUAUCAAGACUUAAUUUAAUUAUUGAUUUGAGUUCAUUGUGUACUUAUUUACUUUACAUAGUUUAUUAUUUUAUUUUGUUACUUAUCUUUAUUAUUCUGUGAUCUAUGCAGUUUAUAAUACCUAAAAGUGGUUUAUAUUUUUCUGUUUAUAAAUUUUAAGGCUGACUACUUAAGAAUCCUUUGUAUGUUAUAAUUCUACUUAUAUUAUAAAUAGAAGACCAAGUCCUGUAAUAUGUUGUUUAUCCAGGCAUGGUUAAUGUUAUGUAAAAUAUUCUUUCUAUUUGUGUACUAGAUGGCGCUAGUGUCAAGUUAGAUCGCGCUAUGGUUUGGUUUCAAGCACGCAAGCGAGACUGGUUCCCACGGCUUCGAUUGUGGCUAAACAAGCGUGCCAUAAGGUAGAUUAUAAACAUAUUGGCGCGUUUAUACCCAUCAAAGUGUAAAGAUAUAAUUAAUCAGUUUGAAUAUUUUCUGUGCAUAGUAGUUUACGAGGGUCAAGAAGAUACGAUAAAAAGUAUGCAAAAAUUGUAUAAGCAGUGAUCGUCAACCUUUCGUGGAAUUAUUAAGUUUAAAUAAUUGGGAUAGCGUAUGAAAGAUAAUAAUUGAUGUAACAAAACAAAAACCUACUAGACUUCGAACCAUAUUUUCCGAAAAAUGUAGUUUGAUGUUACAUUUACUAGUCUUUAUUUAAGUUUGUUAGCUUUUAAGUAACGUUUAUUAAAAUACUUUUGUGUGCAAGUAA